CGCACGGGGCAGAGCAUUUACACCAAAACCAAAGAAAUGUUAAUGUGGGGCAACAACAACAGCGACGGAGAAUUCAGAAAAACACUUUUAAAACUCAAUAUCUCAAAAAUUUACUCUUGAUGUUUAUUUUUUUCUAUCCUUAAGUGAUUGUUUGGCCUUUAAGGAUGUCACUAUUGUGUCGGUGAGCUCGGAUGCGGCUCAGAUGAGUGGGUUUGGCUCUUAGCAUCGAUGUGGGAAAACAAGCCCAAGUUAAGCAUUUCAACACGACCAAAGUCUUAGUUUGCAGGUGUGCCGGGAAAAUAACAUCAUGACAGAUGAUGUGGUUCUACUGGCUGUACCUGUCAUUCGGCAGGAGUUUCACUGGGACUGUGGCUUGGCCUGCUCCAAAAUGGUCCUAAAAUAUUUGCAGAGGGUAGAUGAUGACCAGUUUCAGAGAGCAUGCUGGGAGCUUAAACUGACGGAGAGCGUUUGGACCAUCGACUUGGCCUACCUCAUGUCCCACGUAGGAGUCCGCCACUGCUUCUGUACUCAGACCUUGGGAGUGGACAAGGGCUUCAAAAACCAGGAUUUUUAUAAGAAACAUUUCGACACAGAGGAAGACCGAGUGAAUGAUCUCUUUUUGAAAGCAGAAAGCAAAGGCGUUGUAGUGAAGAAAUGCUCUGUGUCAGUACAGGAGAUCCAGUCCCACCUGCAGCAGGGUCAUGUGGCCAUAGUCCUGGUGAACGCUGUGGUACUCUCCUGUGAGCUGUGUGCGGCUCCGGUCAAAUACUGCUGCUUCCUCCCUGUGGGACAGAAGUGCUUUUGUAGGAAACCAGAGUAUCAGGGUCACUUUGUGGUGGUCUGCGGCUUUAACCGGACGUCUGACAGCAUCUACUACAACAACCCAGCCUACUCAGACCGAGUUUGUAGCACCAGUGUUGGUAACUUUGAAGAAGCUCGACGCAGCUACGGCACAGAUGAAGAUAUCCUUUUGAUUUAUAAAGACCACUGAUGGAUCCAGGAAUUUUAGUUUAUUCCAGUAUUAAAUGACUGUACAUGUUCAGGCCUGGUCUAUGCUGCUGCUGCUACGGGAGUCCCAUUUGGUGCUACUGUCCCCCUGGCUGCAUAGAAACACCUUUGUAUCUUUAAAUAUCUGGCAGGGUCUGAAUUCAUUUCUUUUAUAUUAUUUUGAGAUGAAGCUAUAGUGAAUUUUAUUACAAAUGUAUUUACUGCAAGUGUGAAACUUGUGGGAGACCGAAUGGUGGAAAUGAAUGAGAUUAGUGUGCACAUAAUUCAGGGUUGAUCAUGUUAAAUAUUGUCUGUACAGCAAGUCUGAGUUUUUUCUUACAUUUUUCUUUUAAUACCACAGUUUAAUUAUUAUUAUUCUACCCUAAUGGUCAAACAGGGAAAAUGAGACAGGUUUUAAAUGUCUCAGGUAAUAAUGGCUUCUAAAGGGAUUGUCUUGGCUUGAUAAUGCAUUUGAUGGGUUCUUUUAUUUAUCUGUUAAAGUUGAACGUGUCCAUUGGUUGGAGUAGUAGAUAGGAGCAAUUACAAAAGCUUCAUUUGAUCAUUUGAUGCUAACUCAUAAGAUAUUAAAAUGUUAUGUAAAUGUAAAGUAUUGAUUUACAUGCAUAUAACUAAUGACUCACAAAUUCAUCACCAGAUCUUCAGUUUAUUUCAAACAAGGAUCUCUGCUAACAAAUUAAGUGUCUCCCUUUAGCUGCAUGGGAUCAUCUUUAGCAUUGCUCCUGUUUACUAUUAUAAACUAAGUCUAUUUGUGCAUCUCUUGUUUGAUUAAAAUCUUUUUUUUUUUUUUCAAAUAAAAAGCCGUGGCCAAUAAAAUGUGUGGGAUUUUCAAAGAAAAAGUAUUAAAACAUGAAAUCCACACUUCUGGAUAUCUGAUCAUAUUUGUUUUGUUAUAAGCUAGGUCUUCAAAUAUGCAAAUAUUCAAACUAAACUAGACUAAAUGUUCAUUCAAACAACAGAUAUUGGCCACAAACUAGGAAAAAAAAUAACCAUUUUGACAGUUUAAGGUCAACUUCUGCCAUUGAAUUUUAUCCUGGCCACCUCCUCAAUCAAAACUAUUGCAGCCUAUACACGAGCUGGAUAGGCUUUCACUAUAACUUACUCAAGACCAUCAUGUUCUCAUUCAAAACCAUUCAAAACGUUUCCAGUCAAAUUGCGUGGCUUUUAAUGUUUCAUGUAUUUUGUUUGUUGCACUACUCUUUUAAAACCCAUCAUGAGGAUGUUUUAUUUAAUUUCUUUUAAGAAUUUUGCUUUUUGUAAACAAAUAAAAAAGCACACACUUUAUUUUUUAAUAGAGCUGCAUUUAUUAUUAUUGUAUGUUGUAAAUAAAGGAUUUGAUCACAUGUAACAA